UGUGAAAAAGGUUUCGAUUAGGGUUAUUCCGCAAUUAUUGAUAUUUAUUGAGCCGUCAUCUCAUUAUUGACGUAUCUCGAUAUUUAUUGUUUUGCCCUAAUUUGAUUUAUUACAAGUCUGAUCUUUGAACAGGUUAUUCGAUCAUAAUGGACGAGUCGCAAUCGAAUCCCAUCAAUAUUUCCAACAACAUUGGAUCAACCACGAAGAUUCCCAUCCUAUACACCCAUGAUUAUGAAGUCUGGGCGCAUCACUUUGAAGAUUAUGUUAUAGGAUCUGAGGAUAAUGGAUACCUCAUCUGGGAAGCAAUUGUUUCUGGACCGUUUUCUCAUUCUGCAACUUCAAGGAUUAUUAAAACUCAAAAGGAGUACAAUGAUCUUCUGAAAGAUGUUAAAGAUAUUGCGCAAGAUGAAAAAGAUAAAUUUCAGUGCAAUAUCAAGGCAUUAAGAUUGAUCAGAUUCGCCCUUCAGUCCGAUACUUUCAGGCUGGUGAGUUCAUGCACGACGGCAAAAGAGAUUUGGGACAGGCUACGUGAAUUGUACUCUACAGACGAAGACCUUGAACACUCAAUUCAAACCUUACUCUUGUCCGAGUUUGGUGAAUUCAAGCAAGGAGCCGAAGAAACUAUGACCCAAACGUCCGAUCGCUUCAAUCAUCUUCUCAGCAAGAUGAUCAAACAUGACAUCGAAAGGAAGCUUAUAGAGCAGAAGGUUACGUUCUUAAAUGGUCUCAGAUCAGAGUGGAGAGCAGUUGUGUCCACAGUUAAAGCCCACGAGCAAUUUAAAUCAUAUUCUUUGGCGAAACUGGUGGGCAUCUUGAAAUCUCAGAAGAAGAUUGUGUUGCAGGAGAAGAAUGUAGUUUCAAGCCUAGGUUCGUUAGCCCUCCUGUCCAAAAGUAAAGCUGUGAUGGAGGACGAAGACCUCAACUUGGAGGAUUAUGACCUCACGUCUGAGGAUUAUGCUAUGAUGGUGUCUAACCCCAAGAGGUUCAUCAAAAAGAGAUUCCCCUCUAACAAAAACCGAAACUGGCAGGGAAGUUACAGUUCAGAAAAGGUUAAAGAUGAACCGAAGGUUGAAGAGUCUAAGAAGGAACCGAAGGCAGAAGGUGAUUCUGGAGUAAGCUGCUACUAUUGUGGAGGAAAGAACCACCAUGCAAAGGAUUGUGUCCUUAAAAAGAUGGCUGAAAAGGAUGAGGAAACUUUGCUACAGAAAAAGCUUGAUGAGAUCAGGAAGAAGAAAUCUACCGCUAACCCUUCUAUGAAUGCUCUAAUUGUGCAGGGUUCGGUUGCUGAUGACGAGUUCGGUGGCAUGGAGGUUUGGUCAACCGACUCUGAAGAUGAUGAAGUGAGGAAGCCUUUUCAUGGAAAGGCUUGUGUGGCAAAAGAGGAAAGCAGUGGAGGAAGGUGCUUGAUGGUGUUUGACUUGUCUCAGAUGAGGGGAUACAACAUUGAUGGUGGGAGUAAUGAACCGAAGGAGCAACAGGAUAUGUGCUUUACAGCCAAACCGCUCAGCGUGCAGUUCAACGAGCUCGAUGAACUGAUUAAGAAGGGUGUCUUCGAAGAGUGAGGAACGGCGCAUGUGGAUCGAACUGAAGGAGUCGGAAUUAGUCAAAAUAAAAGAUGAAAACAUUUAUUUACAAAGAGACAAUUUAAAGCUUUUGAAACAGCGAAAUGUUUUUUGUUUGAUUGCUAAACGUCUUUACACUAAUAUUACUCAGCUUCAUCUGGAUUGUGAAAUAGG